AUGCUGUCUCGCAAUGCGCCUCGUCUGCUUCGAGCAGGCUCAGCUCUCCGUACCUCUGUGCGCCCAGCUUCAUCCCGUCAAGUCGUGGCACCUCUUCGUCGUAGCUACCCUGCGCAGCCCCGGACAUUCGCCUCGUCUGCGGUCUUCUCGAAGGGCCUGCAGCCUGAUUCCGAGGACCCUAAACCCUCCGAUCCUCAAAGCUCCCCGGGCGCUGGACUGAGUGCACAUGUAACCGAGCCAUCGCCUCUGACAAAUCAGGAAUACUAUGAAUACUCGGAACACUACUUCAACAUUCUCCUCGGUGAGCUUGAGAAGGCGCAGGAAGAAGGCUCGGACAUCGAGGCAGAGUACAGUGCCGGGGUUCUCAACAUUACUCUCCCUUCAAUUGGCACCUACGUCCUGAAUAAGCAACCCCCUAACAAGCAAAUCUGGCUGAGUUCACCAAUCUCCGGUCCUAAGAGAUACGACUGGAUCCUCGAAGGGGAUAGCAUGCUGGAGAAGCAGGACUCACGUCCUUUUGUCCACGGACAGUGGAUCUAUUUGCGCGACGGGUCAAAUCUGACGGACCUUUUGAACUCCGAACUGUCCAUUAACCUGCCCAAGGAUGUUUAUGGGCAAGAGGUGGACUCAUAA